GUUACGCGUCACGAUGUGCCAUUUUUUUUUCUCGAUCGCUGGGAUGACGUAGAAAUCUUGAAUCAAGAUCAUAUCUAUGGUUGUUCUUCUUCUGCAGUGGCAGUGGUCAACGUCCCUUAAUUUUUUCUACCUCUCAUUCUCAAAAACUAAGCCUGCACUUUUCCUACCAUCAUGCGAAGAUUUUUUUCCACCGGCGGAGGCAGUAGUUCCUCUGCGGCGCAUGCCCAGCAAACCCUCGACCCCUACAAGCUCCUGGGCCUCCAGCGAACCGCCUCGGCUGCCGAGGUGAAAGCCAGAUACAGAGAGCUCGCCAAGCAAAACCACCCGGAUUUGAACAAAAACGACCCGAACUCCGCUGCGCGAAUGGCGAAGAUCACCGACGCCUACUCGGUUUUGACCGACCCAAGGAAGCGGAGACAACUCGACGCGGCGAUGGGCAGUACUAGUUCCUCCUCCUUUGCGAGUGGGAGCAGUGGUGGUACUAGUAGUGCUUCAAGUUCCUCUAUCAAACAAAAAAAGUUCGUCACGAUCACUCAUGCGCAUGCUUGCAAUGCAAAAUUUUCUCUGUCAUGCGUAAAAAUGCAUCACAGACCAACUUCAUAGGGGUUUUUCCUAGUGUUUCUGCAAUACAACGAGAAGCUGUGAUGCCAAAAAAAAAUUGUAAUGCAGAGCCAGCAAGUUAGUGACUGUGACAAACUUUUUUCUCUCCAUAUCCUCGGCUCAACAUCACCAUGCCGAUCCGGAUUCCGAUUGGCAGGACCCCAGUCAGAUGUACUCCGAAUUUUCCAAUAUUUUCGGGAAAAUGGCCAGCCGCAUGCACCGCGGAAACUCCGCUUCCCGAACGUGUAUCAAAUGCAAAUAUGUCUGGGUCUGGACGGAUGCGAGAUUUGUUCUGCUAGCCUGACGUGACUCUGAAAUCUGUAUUGCGUGGCCGCAAAGAACUCCUCUUGCCUGUCAUGCAAAAACGCAGUUUCUCUUGCGGAGUACGCAACUCAGAACCAUGGGAAAACUUGUCUGUCAUGCUUAGCAGCGCAUUACAGUGCGCUCCCCAUUCCCUUCCUUGCAUCACAAGUUUUCAGACCCAGACAUAUUUGCACUGGAUAACGUCCGGGCCGAUGCAAUCGCGGGGGGACGACGCGUCGAUCGAGCUUUCCAUCCCCUAUGAAGUGCACAACUCCCCCUCCCCUUCCUUUGUCAUGCAAAACCCCAAAUCCAUAUCCAGUCGCUGUCCUGUGGCACUGUUUGCAUGACAAAUUCCGGAAGCGGCCCAAACAGUACUAAGAUUAGGCGCAUAUUAAAUGUGUCAUGCCUAGGCUCCACGUGUGCUGGUGCUUGCAUUGCUGUUCACGCCAUACAAAUGAGGGGGAGGGAGAGUUGUGCACUCUCAUAUCCCCUUCGUGGAAGCGAUGAAGGGCUCCCGGCGGACCACCACGAUCAAGCUACAGCUCCCCUGCAACGACUGCGGGGCCUCCGGCGCGGCGGAGGGCGCGGGCUGGGUGAAGUGCAAUUUGUGCAACGGCACCGGGGUGCGCCGGGUCGAAAGGGGCAUCAUGUCGAUGGGCCUCCCCUGCGCGAAGUGCGGCGGCGUGGGCGAAAUUCUGGAAAAAGCAUGCCGAACCUGCUUUGGCGAGGGGGUUCAGUCCCGGAAGACCAGCGUGGAAAUCGACAUUCCGCCGGGAAUCAAGCCCGGUAUGGAGCUCCGGCUCUGCGGCCAGGGGCACGCGGGGAAGCGGGGCGGGCCGCGGGGGCACUUGUUUGUCGUAGUCAAUGUGGAGAAACACAACAUUUUCCGACACGUCGACGACGACGUGCACGCGGACGUGGGCAUUUCGCUGAAGCAGAUGCUGCUAGGCGGCGUGACCAAGAUCCCGACGCUAGAUGAGGGGGAGGUGAAUUUGACUUUACCGGCAUUACAAGACCCAAAUUCCACCAGGAUUCUCCGCGGGAAGGGCCCAACGAGGCUGAGCGGAAUGAUGAACAGUGGCGGAAUGAGCAACAGCAACGCUGACUCCCGGGGAAAUUUGGUGCUGCACUUCCACUUGCAAUUACCGGAAAAUUUGACGGAGGACCAGAAAGAUUUGAUAUCGGCGUUCGAUCAGAUCGAGGCGAAGAAAAAAACUUCGAACGGUAGCGAUGCAAAAUCUGGGGGCGGGAAAUGAUGGAGCGGCCGCGGCAGCCACAAGCGCAACAGCACCGAUAUUCUUCGCAUCAAUCUUCUUGUGGGGGCCGUUGCUCGGCUCAAAGGAAGAAGAAGACGAGAGGUUACUUAAGAAAUAAAAAGAACAGCGAUACGAUUCCUCAUGUUUUUUGUAUCUGGAACUACAACUAGAUUAGGGAGUGUAGUAGCAAAAAUGAAUAGUCCGUG